AAUUGCCGCACUUGCUGCACUUGCACUUGACUGUCCGCCAAGAGUCGUCGUCUCGCUCUCCGGCGUUCAAGUCUCCUGCCGGCACUCGAAACGCACUGCUUCGCUGCAGAACCGCACUCCACGCCAAUUGCAUAAGCUAAUUACGCCGUGUUCGUGGUGAAGAAAAAAUCAGCGCAUCAGCGGAUUCGGCGACGUGCGUAUAGACGCAUUGGAGCAGCAAGAGUUGGGAGUGAGCAGAACUGGAUGGACGGCGAGCGGCAGCCGCGUGGUCGCCGGCCGGCCAACAGACCAGUGCGGCCUCCUCUCCCGACGGCGAAGCAUCUCCGCUAGACUCUUGCUGUAUUUGCGUGUGCCGUGACUCGGGUUUCGUCGAGCCAGAUCGAGACGCUGCUAUAAGGACAAUUAAUCGCACCCGAUUGGAUUUCUUUGCCGAAUCUGCCGCUGGCCAUGCUCAGAGGAGUGCCCCUUUUCUGGUGAUGCUGCGAUAAAAGGUCCCGACGAUGCUUUCGUCGCUGAAACUGAUUGCGGCGUUGCUUAUUCUCGUCGGAGGUGACCCAGUGGCCAGCUCUACGGUGUAUCGGGCGGCAGGUGUGACCCGGCACUCGGACGGCGACACUUUUUACCUCAAAAAGGAUGGUGUAGCAGUGGCAUGCACAAACACUCUUUGCGCAGACAGCAGGGCUGUGCCAUCGCCAGCGUUAACUCUUGGGGCUCGGAGGAAGGAUGAUCCUCCAUGUGUAUGCAAGUGUCCGGAUCACAGCCCCACUUUCAGGGAGGAUUUACACGUAUGCGUCGACGACUUUCACGAGUGUUCGCUGGCCACGUUCAAAAAUAACCAAAAGAAGCAGAAGAUCCCCUUCGUGUUCCUGCCGAUGAAAGGGCAGAUCAUCCAUCCAAGCUCGGACAUCGUUUUUAAUGCUGACGUAGGCGAGGAUCCAAUCUGCGUGGUCUCCAGUGCCCAAUUUCUGACUAGAAGCAGCUGGCUGGAGCUGCGCAACACCUCGGACACAGAACCCCCCCUGAGACUCUUUCGUGACCAGAGGCACACAUUCCUGCAGUGGUUGGGCGAGCAGGAUUUGCGCGUCGGGAUGGAGGGUCGAAUCCUCCUGGCGCGGUUGAUGUGCAAGGACCCAAGCGGAUUGCACCAUUCAUCACCGACCGACGACGGCCAGGGAGUAAUAACACACACCUUUUCAACUCCGUGCAUCGCUUUCCGAGUGGCCGGAUCCCAAGGUGCGCGUGAGGUGAGCUUCACGUCGGACUACUCACUGGCCGGCACCGGCGGCGGCCUCCUACACGGUCUAAUGAGCCACGAGAAUAGCAACACCGGCCUCGGCACCCUCGAAUACCUCGCAGUCGGCCUGUGCAUCGUGCUGCUGUGCUUGGUCUACGCCACUUCGGUCAUUGUCUACAUUCACGUCAGGAGAAUCCGUAGAAAGAAGAAACGCUCAAGGAAUGAGUCCGGAGAUGACAGCGACUCUGAGAGAGGACACGGUGGUUACUCUCGCCGCACCGAAAUGAACCUAAUGAGCGAAGGCGUCAUCAAGAACAAUCCUUUGCUCAUGUCUCCGGGCAGCGAAAACUUUACAAAAUUGCCAAGCCUGUUUCACAAAGCGUCGAGGAGCAUCCGGCUGCCUCGAGGGGAUUUGCCCGUGGCCAUGGAGCACGAAGCAGAGUCAUCGGCCGAGGAGGAUCAAUCGCAAAACUCGCCCAAGUCCGAGCACAGCAGCCAGCGAGGCAACGACAAUAACGCUGAGUCCCCUGUCCUGUCAAAAACAUCAGAGAUUAAGGUGCAGAUCCACCCAGAGUCAAGCAGCUCCAAUGAGCCAGGGUCUAGCUCGUCCGGCGAUGAAAACCAGCACUCGCCGGAGUUGCAGACAAGUGGCAUUUACACUCUGACGCUGCAACCACCAACGGAAAGUGGAAGUUUGGAGAGACAUCCCGGCGAGAGCGUGUCGAUCGUGGAAACGCUGGACGAAGAGAAUUCAAAGGAAGGAAGGGACUUUUCUUUUUUAGGAGGGCGUCACACUUUCAAUUCUACCAGUCUCGGACUGCCAGACUCUGAAGCAGGGUGCAGCGGCAAUUGCAACGCUUCUUCGUCCCACUCUGGACCACUUCUGGGUACAGUCAUGGGCAGGAGAAAACUGUACUUCAACCCAGCAUACUUUGAUCCAGAAAUGCUUCAAUCUCCUCCUCAAGCUGCAAUUGAAUUCCUGCAGAAACUGCGAGAAGUCGUUGCGAUGUCAAAGAUGAAAAUUGCUGCUAAACGGUACAAUCCGAGUCUGAUUGGCAUUCCAGAAGAAGGAGACUCGAUAGUGUCGAGCAGAACGAGCCAAAGCGUGAACGGCUAUACUAAACAAGAAAACUGGCAAAUUGACCAAGAGCCCGCGACAGAAGGAGCUGUCAGCUCUAGUCUGCUGCCGACUCUGGACGUCUGCGGAAGUAAGCAGCAGACCAUAAGGCGAUGGUUGGAAGAUUUAGACUCAGGUGAACCUGUUGAAGACCAAGAGCUGCCAGAAAAAGCGUCCGAUCAACUCCCACCCGUCGUGAAGACGCCGUCAUUGGAAGCACCGAAAAAGCCACGAAGAGCCAACGGAAAGGCGCCUCAGCCUAAGAAACUGAUGGACGCGGUUAUUAAAGAACUCGUCCGCGAAAGAGGUUUGCUUGGUGAGGACAUUCCCUCGAGUGAGACCACGACGAGUGGUGAAAAGUCAUUGGAGAGCAUACAAAACGAAGCUGAAGAAAAUCCUUAUGAAUUAAUCGCUGUCAAUCAAUCUAAUUUAUCAAAUGCAGCAGUUGACGAUCAGCAGCAUAAGCGGCCACCACUAAUGAUGUUUUGUCUUCCUGAGCUACUUGCAAAAACCUCAGGAUACAACUUGGUGAGCGAAGUAUAUGUCAACGAUGACUAUAGUUGUAGCAGCAACCAAUCGUCAUCGUCAAACUCCACAAUAAACAGGCACACCAUCAAGCACAGACCACCGAAAAACUCCUUGGGAACUCCUUCGGACACUUCGUCACCCAGUUCAUCCGUUUCAGAAAACCUUGAAGCUGGUCCUGAAGCUGAUCAUUAUCCUGGAAGUUUGACAAUAAAGCUGCCAGAAGCUGCCCCUCACGAAUACGUUGAAAGAAGGGAAGAAGACCAAUUCGAGCCAGACACGCUUGACAGAGCGAGAAAGAACACCAAGCCGCAGCUGUCAAACAAUAUUCUAUGUGCCGACUCCUUGGAGAGACCUCUCAAAAUUCAGCUCAAGAGCUCUGGCAGCUUUUUUGCGGACGCAAUGAAUGAGCAGCACUCGUGGGGUCCUCUAGAUGUUUGGAGCUGCAGUGAAGCCAAAAAGAGAAAGAGCCCUAAUAGUAUUUCUGACCUGAGAAGCAACAACAUUGCUUUCGUUACCAACUUAAACAAAGCGCAAGGGCCAGGUUUCGGAAGCUUGAGGGAAAUAUUUGAAGCAAAACGGCAGAUGCAGCUUAAGUCACAGUUCGAUAAUCUGUUGGCUGGCCCUCCGGGAGAACUUCAGGCAAAGCAACGAGUGGCAAGAUCUAUGAUCACACCAAACGAAUUGAGAAUUCGUGCUCAGGGUAUGGAACAAGCAUCUAUCGACGACAUCAGACAGAUGAUGUGGAGCACAACUCCCGACGUCACGCCAAAACCAAAGCCAAAGCCCAAGAGACAGAGGACCGCAGACGUGUCUGCGUGUCCGCCGACGCCUCCCCCCUCGGUACCACCGCCGCCAGCCACCAUUCCUCCGUCACUACCUCCGAAGAAAAAAUCCAUCGACCACGGGCACAAUCCGCCUCUUCCACCACGCGAACCAGCAAAAUCCGUACCUCCCCCGAGUUUGCCGCCAAAAAACUUGCGGGGCUGCAGAAGUCCACCACAAUCAAAUAUCCAGAAACCACAGCAACAACUCCCGAACCUGAUUACGAGCCACUCUGCCCUCCAUAGGGCUUCUGCGGACAGCGAAGAGGAAGACUACAAACACAAGAAGGAGGGCAUCCGGGGCAGAAGUGCCAGCGGCUUGGCCAAUGAUGCAUUUUCCAAGUGGAAGAAAAACAAAUGGGAGCAGGAGACGAGCAUCAAAAUGCCCAACAGACCAGGCGACUCCGGCUACCUCAGCUCAGACAGCAACAACUCGCUGAAGAGGGUCGCCAACGAAAUGAGAGACCAAAGUAGCGAGACCGACGAAGAUGAGUCUCUUUGCGAGGGUGGCAGCGAAUCCGGAGCCGAGAGUAUCGGCACGGAUUCAAUUUUCUACAAGGCGAGUCCACACGACUCGUCGAGAAACUCUGGAGAAAAGGGCAGGGAUGUGAACGUUCUUCUGCCGCACGCAAAGAAAAAGGUCCCGCCGCCACCACCCAAAAGAGUAAACAGCAAACUAAAUACCAUCGUGUUGCGGAAUAAUAAUCUCAUUAAAAGUAAUCUUAACGCCAAGUAUGGCCUGUAAAUCUGCACAUUUUAUAGUCACUGUGUACAAUGCUGUACUAUAUUUUAAAGAAACGCUCAAUAAUGCGAAAAGCUCCUCUUUAAAUGUACGUUAAUCUUGUGAUUUAGAGUUUAUCUCUUAUCAACGUAAGUGCGGUACCUCUCAUUUACUUUUGUACUGAAGUCAAAUAAACUAACGAUACAUAAUAUUAUGUUGUUGAUCAAUUUAUAGAUGAGUACUUGUAUGAUGACAAGAUCUGUUUUAGAUGAAUAAAGAUGAAAAAUACCUUUAAUAA